UAGACCCUGUUGGUCAGUGAGUGAAAAUGAAAAAAAAACAACAACAAUUGGUGGAAGACCACAUAACCACCUACCGUCAAUCGGCCAAAUGCUUUCUUCUUGUACGGGGCACUUAGCCUGUCCUCUGGGUCCCUUGCACCGUUGGAGACGCGGGGAUGGUCGUGAAGUUCCCCUGCGUAUUUUAUUUUCGUCGCCGCGGUUCUCGCUUGGGGCAUGGAGGGCUCGGACGAUGCUCGGUCAUUGCGCUCGCAAUAUGUAGGAGCCGGCGGCGCGAGGGGAGGCAUUUGGCUGGGAGGACAGGAGUCGAUACUGCUGCUGCUGACUUGAGAAUCCUUGUGGCAAUGACCGGUGAAGCGACUCGGUGUCAGGGACGGCGACCGAGUAUCCAGAACGCCUAUCCCAGUGGUAUCCAUGCCGCCGGCCCCCAGGGAGGAAGGCAGCGAGACACUGGAGGACGCCGCGUGCGCUGCUGGACGCAUCAGCUCAGCUCAGCAAUCUCCCUCAACCUACAGCCCGGCAACACCGGACCACCCACCGUUCCGCGGCGCAGCCGCCUCAUCCAGCGCCACACCCAACGACGAGACCGACCCCCGGCUAUCCUCGUGUCCGUGUCCAUAUUCCCCAAACCGUGGAAACGAGACCAUCCCCGUUGUCGUCGUGGUCCACGACCGAAACAUCUCCUCCAGCAUGUUUUCAGUGUCCUCCCUGGCACCGCCGGAUGCUAUCGUGCUCUCCGCCUCGAUCCCAGUAGUGUGCCGCCCGUUCCCGGCCCCAGCAGGCGGAGAACUACCCAUCGGGGCGCCAUUAAUCGUGAACUGGAUGUGACUCGCAGUCGGAAUAUCAUCACCAGCUCGUGGUGGCGAGGAAACCCCGGGGUGGGCUGUCGUUUCGGCCUCGAUUCCAUCCAGCCCUGCAGCUGCUGCUGCCGCUGCAGCACCACGACCCGCCACCUCAGCCGGGGUCUCCUUCCGCUUGACCCGCCAUUUACGCUGGAUUCGUAUCCCUGGGUACGGGUACGCUGGCUUCGGCGCCGGUGGCAAACUUCCGAAAUGCACGGUAUGGCGCUUGCGGUUUGUCCCCGGCGUGGUGGUGGUGGUCGUCGUCGUCAUCAAGUCCAAAGCUGCGGCGUUCUGCUCCAGCUCGGUGAGCGGGAGAGCGCUGCGGUAGCCCCGGAAUGCUUGGAAGCCCUAGAUUUCCUCACAGCGACGCGCCAACAUGAUUAGAUCGAAGUGCACGCAACAAUGAAUGGACAGGGGUGAGUGAAUCGGAAGAGACAAGAACAAUGCGGACUGGGGCUGGGGCUAGCGAGUAUUUGUUGUUGUGACAUUUCUUUUUUUUGGUUUGUUUGUUUCAAGCAUCGAGACAAGAGACAAAUAUGAUUCAAU